AUGCCCGCUUUCUCGCCAGGAAAGUCACAGUCAUCCAGUGCAACCGCUGCUGGAAAUGGCACAACCCCCGGUCGUGUGCACGACCCCCAAAAUGCCGUCUCUGCGGCUCGUCUGAACACACGGAAGAAGGGCAUACCAACAACUGCUCUACCCCAGGCCUUCAUUGCUGCCCUCCAAGAUGUUUCCACUGCCACGGACCCCAUCCAGCGGACUUCCCUGAGUGCCUACUUCGCCCUAGAGCGGGCUCGAACAGACCAAGGCUGCUCCUCAGAGCGCCCUACGGACACACAAGAGCAAACUAUGGCCAUAGACACACCCCACACGCAAAUCCAGGUCGUCUCCCCUUUUCGACCGACCACUCCUCCACCUCAGGAGCCACCAAAAGAACCCCCGGCCACAGCCGGCACAGUGCGGUUUGCAACCCCUAAACCACAAAACCGGUUCAACUCACUUCUCGAAGAACAACUAUGA